AUGGCUUCAGCUGCAACAGCGCCACAGCCCGAUGCUGAACUCUCUAUACCGCCUCUCUUCACUACUGAACCUCUCAUCCGCGAUAGCCUACCUACAGAGUCAUCGCGUGUCCAGGAUGCAACGAUAGACGAAGUCCUGCCUUUUCUUCAAGGCGAAGAAUUCGACUACUGCAACUCCCACGGCCUGCCCCAUCUGGACCGUCGCCUCCAUGUAAAGUUUUUGCAUAAGCAACUGGGAAAGCUGCCCGCGGCUUUCACCGCCGCUGACCCUAGUCGGCCCUGGUUCUUCUACUGGUGUCUUUCUGCUCUUGUCCUCCUAGGAGAGGAUGUCACGGAGUACCGCCAGAGACUUGUCGAUACCGUUCGACCUAUGCAGAACCAAGAUGGAGGCUUCGCUGGCGGAUUCGGACAUACCUCGCAUCUCGCCACGUCCUAUGCAACCGUUCUGUCGCUGGCCCUGGUCGGCGGUGAAGACGCCUACGAGGUUAUCGACCGUCGAGCAAUGUGGAGAUGGCUAUGCUCACUCAAGCAGCCCGAUGGGGGGUUCCAGAUGGCACUCGGCGGUGAAGAGGACGUCAGGACUCUCCUGCACGAUCUGCUGGCCACACUGGUCUAUUCACUGGGCUUGCAGACUAUGUACACCGAUGUAAGUGACGCACGAAAUCCCAAAGCAAUGCUUCCGUCACUGAUCGUCCACCGGAAAGGCCAAACGCACGAGGGAGGCGUGUCGGCAAAGCCGGGCAUCGAAGCACACGGUGCAUAUGCCUUUUGCGCUCUCGGAUGCCUCUCGAUUCUUGAUUCUCCACAUCGUUCCAUCCCGAGGCAUCUCAAUGUUCCACUGCUUAUCUCUUGGCUGUCCUCGCGACAGUACGCCCCCGAGGGUGGUUUCUCAGGUCGUACCAAUAAGCUAGUCGACGGUUGCUACAGUCACUGGGUCGGAGGAUGCUGGCCCCUCAUCGAGGCUGCACUCAACGGACCCGGGUCCGGCCCUGGAGGGGAAGAGGCCAGUUCAGGCGGCCACGCGCUCCCUGCGGCCAAGCAUAGCCUUUUCAGCCGUGACGGCUUGAUCCGCUAUAUCCUUUGUUGCUGUCAAGACCAGUCUAAGCGGGGUGGUCUGAGAGACAAACCGAGCAAGUUCUCCGACGCCUAUCAUACAUGCUAUGUACUUUCUGGCUUGAGCGCAGCGCAACACAAGUGGAACUUGGAUGUUGCUCGACCUCACGAGGCAGAUGUGACAGGCGACUCGUGGUCCGUGACACCCUAUAUGGAGGGUGAACAGAUCUUUGACGAGGAGGAUCGGGUUGCUACUGUGCAUCCUGUCUAUGUUAUUCCGCAGCACACAGUGGAGGAUAUGCAGAGUUACUUUUCGUCCAAGCAUGGUUUCUAG